CUGGCUCUGAGCUCAGAGUACGCCUUUCGUGUUCUCAUAGUCUUCUCUGCUUUUUCCUGUAUCACCAUGAUUUCUUUAGUCUCUUUUUCUCACACUUUAAAGCUGCAACGGAAUCGCCUUACACAGAAAAUGUGUGUGCGCGCAGGGGCAUGAGCAUGCCCACAUUUUCCAGUUUGAAGCAAAGCUAAUUCAAGAGAGAGAAACAGAGAGAAAAGAAAAGCCUUUUGCGUUUUGGGAUUUUUGAUGAGGGGGAGGGGCAGGCAAAGGCGGAAUCAGAAUGAUGACCACUUCAUCGAAAGGUCGGUUUCUUUAGGAAAAAAAAAACAAGCACUCGAUAGAUAUAAUCCAUGCGACCACUCAUAGGAAGGAGCAUGCUUCGGUCCGCGUGCUUCGAUGCAAACUGAUGAGAUGGGUUGUUGGCGCUGUGGCCAAUUAGCCCCACCCCUGCUUAGAUUAGAUUUCACUUGUACCCUUUUUGCAGGUUUUGUUCCUGAAUUGAUUUUGGAUUCUCUCCCUUUCUUUCACCUCCCUCCUUCCCUCCCAAUUUGAUUCGUUUUCCUGCACAACAUGAGAUUUUCUCACAUGGGUCCUCCCCGAUUCCUCCCUUUUCUCUAGAAACAAACACCUUACUCCUUCACUUCAGGUGCUGGUGUUCAAUUCUGCGGAGUUUUAGGAGAAAGAUGACGUUUUUUUAUUACAUUUGGGCCGAAGCCUGAAGGUUUGUGCAGUUGGGCUCUGUGAUGUGUUCUUGUGGUUGAAGCAGGGAGAGGGAGGGAGAGACCCAGAGUAGAAUAUGGCGUGUGUUGAAGAGAAGAUCAAAGCAGCAGCAACAGCAGGAGUAGGAGGAGGAGGGGGAGGGCUUAUUUCCGGAGCCCAAGGUCUGCUUGAGGAGAUGAAGUUGAUUAAAGAAAUGCAGGAUCAGUCUGCAGGGGUCAGGAAGUCCAUAAAUUCGGAGCUAUGGCAUGCGUGUGCUGGUCCGCUUGUUUCAUUGCCUCAGGUGGGCGGGCUCGUGUAUUACUUUCCGCAAGGACACAGCGAGCAGGUGGCAGUUUCCACUAAAAGAACAGCAACCUCACAAAUUCCAAACUAUCCAAAUCUCCCAUCUCAGCUACUGUGCCAAGUUCACAAUGUUACACUGCAUGCUGACAAAGAUACAGAUGAAAUCUAUGCCCAAAUGAGCCUUCAACCAGUGAACUCUGAAAAAGAUGUCUUCGCGAUACCGGAUUUUGGACUGAGGCCCAGCAAACAUCCAAGUGAGUUCUUCUGCAAAACUUUGACAGCAAGUGAUACAAGCACACAUGGCGGCUUCUCAGUGCCCCGCCGGGCUGCAGAAAAGCUUUUUCCCACAUUGGAUUACACAAUGCAACCACCAACUCAAGAACUUGUUGUUCGAGACCUGCAUGAUAACACCUGGACAUUUCGUCAUAUAUACCGUGGGCAGCCAAAACGACACCUUCUCACUACUGGUUGGAGUCUGUUUGUUGGGGCAAAAAGACUUAGAGCAGGCGAUGCUGUUCUCUUUAUCCGGGAUGAGAAGUCACAGUUAUUGCUUGGGGUAAGACGUGCAAACCGUCAACAAACAACUCUGCCUUCGUCUGUUCUAUCUGCUGAUAGUAUGCACAUUGGAGUCCUAGCUGCUGCAGCUCAUGCUGCGGCUAAUCGUAGCCCAUUUACAAUUUUCUACAAUCCAAGGGCAUGCCCAUCUGAAUUUAUCAUUCCUGUAGCCAAAUACCGAAAAUCUAUAUAUGGGGCUCAAAUCUCAAUUGGGAUGAGGUUCGGAAUGAUGUUUGAAACAGAGGAAUCGGGUAAGCGCAGAUAUAUGGGUACGAUUGUUGGUAUAAGUGACCUAGAUCCAUUAAGAUGGCCAGGUUCCAAGUGGCGGAAUCUUCAGGUAGAGUGGGAUGAGCCUGGAUGUGGUGAUAAACAGAACAGAGUUAGUGCAUGGGAUAUAGAGACUCCUGAAAGUCUUUUUAUUUUUCCUUCUCUUACGUCAGGUCUCAAACGGCCAUUACAUUCUGGUUUUUUCGGAGCAGAAACUGAAUUCGGAAAUUUGAUAAAAAAGCCCUUCAUCCGGGUUCCUGAAAAUGGAAAUGGGGAUCAUUCUCAUCCCUCAAUUUCAAACUUCUGUUCGGAACAAUUAAUCAAUAUGCUACUGAAACCACAAAUGGUUAACCAUCGUGGAUCUUUUUCACCUCCCCUACAAGACCCUGCUGCUAAGGGAGCUCAAUUAGAAGAGGUAAAGACACUGACACAGGCAGCUAUCAAGCAGAAACCUCAUCUUGUUCCUUCAGAAAAUACAUUGGCACAGAACCCAAACGAUCCUCAAUCCCGCCAUGUCCAAUCGGAAGCUAUAAACUCAUUGCUAUCACAAGUAAAUCCUCCAGGAAAAAUUCAACCUCUGGACAAAUUUGAGAACCAAAUACAAGCUGUAACUAAUGAAAAUUCAAAAAUAGAGUCUGUGUUUUCAGAAGAACAGGUAAGCCAGUUGACUUCUGCAGGGCAAUGUGAUGAGGAAAAAACAGCUGCAAGCUCUAUGAAUCCACCAAACCAGGGUGCAUUGCAGUUGCAGCCAAAUCCUUGGUUCGUGCAGCCACAGAUGGAACCGUCAAUUUACCUCCCUCAACCAGUUGAUGCAUCCCAAUUGGAUUCUAUUAAUCCCAAUGGAUUACUUCCAUGCCUAGAUGGUGAUGACUGGAAUAUGUACCCUUCUUCUUGCCAAUCCCUUGCUGGAGUUCUAAAACCACCCGGCUCAUUAUCCGUGUUUGGACUGCAAGACCCUGCAAUGAUGUUCCCAGAUACAGUUAAUCUCACUCUGCCAUCAAUUGGUCAGGAAAUGUUUGAUUAUCAACUAAAUAAUUUAAGGUGUUUGUCCCAAGUAGACCAUCUUUCUCAGUUUCCCCAGCAGGACCCAUGCAACUUCAAUUGCAUUGCAAAUUUGAAUGGUUUGAGAGAUCUGUCAGUUGAGAGCAACAACCAAAGUGGGGUUUACAGUUGUCUCAACUUUGAUCCUAGCAAUGGUGGAAGUUCUGUGGUUGAUCCUUCUGUUUCAAGCACCAUUCUGGAUGACUUUUCGACAUUGAAAGAUUCUAAUUUCCAAAAUCCUCCAGAUUGUUUAGUAGGGAACUAUAGUUCAAGCCAGGAUGUUCAGUCUCAGAUUACGUCUGCCAGCCUAGUGGACUCUCAGGCUUUCUCUCGGCAGGAUUUCCCUGACAACUCGGGGGUUACAUCUUCAAGCAAUGUUGACUUUGAUGACUCCAGUCUUUUGCAGAACAGCUCAUGGCAGCAAGUUGCUCCACCUAUACGAACCUAUACAAAGAUUCAAAAGGCAGGAUCUGUUGGGAGGUCACUUGAUGUUGCCAGGUUUAAAAACUAUGAAGAACUAUGCUGUGCAAUUGAACGCAUGUUUGGACUCGAGGGACUGCUCAAUGAUUCAAAAAGCUCAGGAUGGAAACUUGUAUACGUGGAUUACGAGAAGGAUGUUCUUCUUGUUGGGGAUGAUCCUUGGGAGGAAUUUGUUGGGUGCGUGCGCUGCAUCAGAAUUUUAUCGCCUUCUGAAGUUCAGCAGAUGAGUGAAGAGGGCAUGCGGCUUCUGAACAGUGCGGCGGUGAACGGUUCCGUAGCAGAAGGAGGGAUGCCCCAAACUGAUUUGGUAUGACCUUGCCGUAGCAGGAGGAGGGAUGCCCCAAACUGAUUUGGUAUGACCUUGCCUGAUUAGGCCAAACUGCAGUAGUAGACUGUAGAGGUUAAAGGCCUCAGAUUGUUGGUCGUUGGCCUUAGGGCAACCCUGAAAGAACUUCAGUAUUAAUGCAAGCUCAAAGUGAUUCCACGUGUUGUAGGUUUCUGAAUCAUUAAUGCCCCGAGUUUAGAGCUUUUUGCUUUGUGGUGGGGGAUAUUAAUUGAAUGAAUGAAUGUAGAUUGCAUUUGUUCUACUGGAAAUGAAACAAAUAUGGGUAGGGAAUUUUCAUUGAUCA